AUGAGCGAUCAUCAUCAUGGCAAUGGCAGUAGUAGUAGGCGUCAUCAUGAUGAUGAUAGUGUAGGAAAGAAGAGAAAGAGUAUUGAAGACUCACAUCAUAGUAGUAGUAGACAUGGAGACGAAGUUGACACAGACGAUCGAAAGAGAUUGAGAUCCGACACUCAUCAUUCACAUAGACGUGACUCACGCGAGCGUGAUAGAAGUAGGAGUCGCAGUAGAGAUCGUUAUGACAAUAGAGAUAGAGAUAGAGAUAGAGGAGACAGAGACAGAGGUGAUAGAGAUAGAUAUAGAUACCGCGAUGAUAGAGAUAGAGAUAGAGACAGAGAUAGAGACAGAGAUAGAGAGUAUAGAGGUGAUGAGAGAGGAUAUGAUAGACAUAGAGAACAUAGGGACUCUGGUAGACAUUAUAGAGAUGAGCGAUCACAUCAUGAUAGCGAGAGAAGAGACCCAUUCACAACAUCACCUACACCAACUUCAACGACACCAACACCAACAUCAUCCACACCUCUAUCUACAAUGGCUUCACCAUUACCAUCUCCACAUACCAGUUCACCGCCACCGACCAAUCAUGUUGUGUCAAAUGGUUCAUCGCCCUUGGUUACAACUCCAACAACAACAACACCACCGACUACUGCAGCGACUGCAACAACAUCAACAACAACAUCAACAGCGGACAGGAUCAAAGAGAUUGCUGCUAGAUUGGCAGCAAGAAAGAAUGAAGUACAAAAGGACGCGAUCAUCUUGGAGUCAUCACCAAUUGUUGUAAAGCCAGCGCCACAACAACAACAACAGAUGAGACGUAUUCGUCGUGCGGACAUGUUCCGCGAUCGCCAGGAGCGUGUGUUGGACGGACGCGAAGCACCGCCACCCGACAAGGUGAAGCUCAGCAAUCUGAUGCGCGUGCUCACGACACAGGCCGUGCUCGAUCCCACGCAGAUCCUUGCCAGCGCACAGGCACAGAUGGAGGAGCGCGUCAAUGCGCACAAUCAAAGAAAUCUCGAGCGAAAGUUAACACCAGAGGCACGCAAGGAGAAGAAUCAACAGAAGCUCAAGUUGGACAAUGCGCGACAGAUGAUGUGCGCGUUGUUCAAGGUGCACGACCUAUCACACCCCCUGCACCGCGCCACCCUGGACAAGUUUGCGCGCAAGUCCAUUUCUCAUGGCUGCGCGGUGCUCAACAACAACUUUUGUCUGGUCGUGAUCGAGGCUGGACCCAAGUCAAUGAAGAAGUUCAAGAAGCUCAUGCUUAGGAGGAUCGACUGGGCUCAACCACCUCCAAUCAAGGAAAAGAAGGAGGGUGAUGCUGAUGCCAUGGAGGAUGGCAGCGGCGAGAACUCAGCGACAUCAUCAAUCAACAACAACAACAUCAUCAAGCCAAAGGAUACUAGCAAGCCCAACUACUGCCAGUUGAUCUGGGAGGGUCCUUUGGAGAAGGCCAACUUCCAACAGUUUGAUAUCCAACAAUGUCCAACCGAAUCCCUUGCUCGCCAGUAUCUCCAACAGCACUCGAUACCUCAUUAUUGGGACAUGGCCAAGAACUACAUGGGCACAAUGUACUCA